AUGGUGAAAAGUAUGAGAGAAAAUUUGAAAAAUAUAAAAGAGAACGAAGAGAAGGAUAGAAAUGAUUCAAUGGCGAGCGAGAGGUCCGAGGACCCCUCGGACGAAACCAAAUCGAAAAAUUUGGUCGAACAUUUAAAUAAAACUUACAUAAACAUACGGGAUCAUCAGAAGAAUAUAGGGGAAACUACGGAUAUUCCGGAAUACGAUCCGAAUAAAAUUCCCUAUGUGGAGGUUCCUGAUUAUUCCGACAUAAGGGAGGAAAGUUUAGACGAGGAGGAUCGUAAGGCUAAUAAGAAAAAGAAGAAACAACAGAAUGUUGAUUUUCUUGAUCCUUCUGUAUCAAUAAAUAUCGAUAAACCUGAAAAUAAUAACGAGUAUAAUUUAUCAAAAGGGUUCAAAAAUGAUUCAAACAAAAAGCAAAAGAAUCCUAAAGAAUCUGCUAAAUCUUUGGAUAUUAAUAAAGAUAUGAAAGAAAAUUCGAAAUCUUUAAAUAAAGAAGAUAAAUUUGCAUAUUUCCCCCAAAAUUUAAGUAUCAAUUUUAACGAUCGUAAAUUAGAAAUAUUUAAAAACUCCAAAAAACCUUCUAAAUCUUCCAGAAUGGAUAACUUUAAAAGAAAUAAGAACGAAUCCCGAAAGGGUUCGAAACAGAAAUCAAACGAUUCAGAGAAAUCUAGAUUCAAGGAAUUGGCAUUUGACGAUGAAUCGGAUAGAGAAUCGCAGGGUGAUCCAGAAGGGCAAGGUAAAUCCACGAGUCCCAUAAUUUUCGACAUAAACGAGUACAGGAAGCCGUUCGAUCUAGACGAAUUUCUUAAGGACGAUCCGAUAAUGAAAAAGCUGGAGUCGCUCGGAAAGGAGACGUUGUCCAAGUACGGAAAGAACGGGAAACGGGUUUCAGGUGACUUUAACGAAUCCGAAAGUGAUAAUGCGCCCGAGAAACGAUCAGGCACCGUGGAGGAACGAGAGGACGGUGAUUAUUCCUCGAAAUUCCGACAAUCGAACGAUUUCGCGGAGACACUGACCGAAAGACACGAUCAAAACAACGAUACCGCGAAGGAACCUCGGAACAAGGUGAACCAAGGGUCGGAAGGCUCGAAACUUCUGCGAUUCUUGUUUAAAGAUAAAGAUAAAUAUUUGACGAAACAUCUCGAAGAUGAUAUUAUUAGAAAUUUUCAAAAAGAUGAAAAAAAAGAAAAUAGUGAGAUUGGUAUUUCAAGAUUGAACGAGGAUAUCGAUAAAGGGAUCGAAACAGGAGACGAAUCAGGACUCGUUUACAAAAAUUUUUGGUCCUUGGAAUUUAAAUCCCCGCAGAAGAAAGUGGACAUGGAAGCGCAAGAAAGGAAGAAAUAG